GUUUCAUUACUAAUGAGAUAAUCGAAGGAAUUGUAUGUAAAGCGGUAGUACAAACUACUAUUUAUUUACAUUUCGCCUAAAUUUAAUUGGGUUUAAUACUUCUCCAUGUUAAAAUAAGUACAAAAAUGCAAUGUCGCGUGUGUAUGCAAAGUAAAUGCCAAAUCUUGUUCGAGAUGAAUAUUCUUGGCACAGAAGACGGCAAAAACCUUUACGAUUGCUUCAAUGAAUGUACACAACUAGAUGCAUCAGCAAAUGAUGAUCUGCCCAAAACACUUUGUAAACUAUGUGCACAAAAGCUAGAAAUAGCAUAUAACUUUAGAAGAAGUGCACGUCAGUCGAAUGAGGAAUUUAAGAAACUUCUAAUAUCUCAAAAAAUGGAAACUGAUUCGGUUGAUAGUUCACCAGAGGAAUUCUGUAUGCUUGAGGAUACGGAAGAAAGUACAGAAGAUCCAUUAGAUAUGAGUUUUCAUGAAGCGCUAAAGGCUCUUAAGAAACCCUCGGUGGAAAUGCCAAAGGAAAAGUCUUGCUUAGAGGAAGAUCCAAAUCGAUCUUUGGAGGAACCUUUGAUUGAAUUUCCAACGGAGAAGUCUUGCUUAGAGGAAGCUCCAAAUCGAUCUUCCGAGGAAGCUUUGAUGGAAUUUCCAACAGAAAAGUCUUGCUUAGAGGAAGCUCCAAAUGAAUCUUUGGAAGAAACUUUGGUGGAAUUUCCAACGGAAAAGUCGUGCUUGGAAAAAUCUCCAGAUCGAACUUUGGAGGAAGCUUUGCUGGAAUUUCCAACGGAAAAGUCUUGCUUAGAGAAAGCUCCAAAUCGAACUUUGGAGGAAGCUUUGCUGGAAUUGCCAACGGAAAAGUUUUGCUUAGAGGAAUCUCCAAAUGGAUCUUUAGAGGAACCUUUGAUGGAAUUUCCAACGGAAAAGUCAUGCUUAGAGGAAUCUUCGAAUCGAGCUUUGGAGGAAGCUUUGCUGGAAUUGCCAACGGAAAAGUCUUGCUUAGAGGAAUCUCCAAAUGGAUCUUUGGAUGAAGCUUUGAUGGCAUUUCCAACGGAAAAGUCUUGCUUAGAGGAAGCUCCAAAUCGAACUUUGGAGGAAGCUUUGGUGGAAUUUCCAUCGGAAAAGUCGUGCUUAGAGGAAGCUCCGAAUCGAUCUUUGGAGGAACCUUUGAUGGAAUUUCCAACGGAAAAGUCUUGCUUAAUGGAAUCUCCAAAUCGAACUUUGCUGGAAUUUUCAACAGAAAAUUUGUGCUUAGAGGAAUCUCCAAAUCGAUGUUUUGAGGAAACACAAAUAGAAAUCGUAAGGGAUAGCACACCGGUGGCCACCACAGAAAUACAAGAUACAGCAGCGGAUGACAAUGAUGAACAGUUGCAAGUAAUCAUGGCAAAUGAAACUAAAACACAUAAUUUAUUUCGGCAGGACGAAUAUGAAAGUGAAAAGGAGCGCAUAAAAAAUGUGGAUUAUAAUUGUGAGAUAUGUAGUAGUACAUACACAAACAAAAGUGAACUUGAAAAACAUAUAUCACAACAGCAUAAAUCUGAAGUAAUUUGCUUAAGUUGCCCAAAGAUUUUUAAUAUGCCUAUUGAGUUGAGAAUUCACUACCAACUUGUACACGGAACCGAUUCACCAGUACAAUGUAAUUUCUGUAGUGAAAAACCUCUAUUGCCUCGUAAUGAGCUUGUCAAUCAUUUUCAAACAACUCAUAAUUCCCGCUACUUUUGGUAUUUCCCUUAUGUACAAAAACGACAUGUAAUCGAUACGGAUAUUCGAUCGCCCACAAAAUACACAUGUAAAUAUUGUCAAAAUAUUUACACAACGGUUAUUGAUUUAGCAGAACAUAUUAGAUCACACCUGGUUAAAUGUCCAUUCUGUUUAAAAAAUUUUAACAGAAUGCGUACAUAUUACUUACAUGUUAAACGUUUGCAUAACUGUUCAGCAAGCCAAUUUCCGGCUAUACCAUUAGCGGGAGAUAGCAAAGAUAAACCGAUUCAAUGUAAAGCUUGUAACAAAAGCUAUAAAAAUUUAGGCUUGUACAAUAUGCAUUUAAAAGACAAGCACAGUAAAGGAACAGAAUCAAAAGUUAAACAAAAAACGACAGAAAAUCAAGCAAAGGAAUCAUCGAUGUCAGAAGAAGAAGACGAGGACGAGGACACCGUUCAAGCGCCAAAAAAAUCGGGUAAAAAGGAAAAAAGUAAAAAGAAAAAUAUUCCGCAAAUAAAGGAAAAAAAGAGGUUUCUCUGUUCAUUUUGUCCACGCGUGUUAUGUUCAAAUGUGUCGUUGGCGUCGCACGAAAGAAGUCAGCAUCUCAAUUCAAAAACAGAUAUUAAGGAGUGUCCAAUAUGUCAGAAAAAAUUAAAGUCGGAUUACAUAAAGAAUCAUAUUAAAACUGUACAUAUAGGGGAACGUAAUAACAUUUGCGAUAUUUGUGGCGGUGCCUAUAAGAGUCCUAGUCAACUUAAACGGCAUAAACUGUUGCAUCUGACAGAUCGCCAUUUGCCAUGCAGUGUAUGUGAUAGGAAAUUUACGGAAACAUCUGCCCUGAAAGUGCAUAUGCGCAUUCACACGGGCGAAUUGCCAUAUGCUUGCCAUUUAUGUGAUCGUCAAUUUCGAACCCGGUCACACUUUACCUAUCAUUUAGAACACCAUGCUAAUAUAAAGAAAAUAUGCAAAGUUUGUGGCAAAGAAUUCAGCGAUGGCACAACAUUGCGAAGACACUCGUUCGAACAUAAUGGGAAAAUGCCAUAUAGAUGCACUGCUUGCGAUUAUCAAACUGCAAAACGUGAAUAUAUAACGACACAUAUGCUCCGAAAACAUGACAUUAAAAUUACUGAAGAUGAAUUAUUUUUAAUGUUUAAAACGAAUACUGAAAUGCACUGCCGUGCUUGUAUGCAAGUGGAUUGUGAAACGGUUGUGGAUAUGAAUUAUGCCGCAAUUGCGGAGGAUGGUAAAACUUUAUACGAUUACUUUAAUGAGUGCACUCAACUACAAGCAACAGUGAAUGAUGAACUUCCACAAAUAUUAUGUACAACUUGCACAGAAGACUUACAUGAUGCCUAUAAUUUUAUAAAGAGGGCUCGUAAGUCCGAUGAAGAACUUAAAAAGAGUUUGACAACACAAAAAGAUGGCGUAGGCAUUUAUACUACAACCCAAACUACACAGUAUAUAGUGGAAUGCACAAAUGAUCCUUUAGCGACACCAGAACGACAAAUUGUCGCAACUGAAACUUUCAACACUGCUGGCGGUGCUGAAGUGGCUAUAUCUGCGUCAGAAAUAAAGGUGGAACUUGAGCUUUCAGAAGAUUUUGAAAGAAUAAUGGAGGAUCAUGUUGUGAAAAGUGAUUCCGAACCUUCACUGCACGGCGGGGACAGCGAUGAUGACAGCGGUGACGUUAUCAAGCCAGGCAUAUCACAUUCUUGUGAAAUAUGCGAUUGCACAUAUUUAUCGCAAAAGCAACUGAAAGAUCAUAUAUUCGAUCUGCACAAAUCUCACAUCAUUUGCAUGAAAUGUCCAAAAGUAUACGAGCUUCCCACCGAACUACAACUUCAUGAAUCUCUUGUACAUAGCACAGAAUCGCCAUUUCAAUGCACAUGGUGUAGUGAAUCCUUACAACGUGAAGAUCUACCUAAACAUAUUCAGAAGAAGCAUAAAAAUUCUUAUAGAAAAUAUUUUCCGCGUACGAGAAGACGUUGUAAUGAUAAUGAUGAGAAGAAUACUUUUGGAUGUGACGAUUGCCAACUGCAAUUUUCAUCCAUACUGGAGUUAUCCUAUCACAUAAAGGAACACAAAUUUGACUGUCCAUUAUGUUUGAUGAGUUUUAGAAAACAUGGUACGUAUCGGGCGCAUGUUAAACGCAUACAUAAUCAUUCCAUAAGUAGCUUAAAAGCUGCGGUUGGUGUUGAGGAUGACGAUGCGAAUAAGCCAUACAAGUGUUCCUUAUGCGCCAGGCAGUUCAGAUUGAAAGCGUCUCUUCAAGGACAUUUGAAAGUGAAACAUAACCAAUAUACCCGGCAAAAUGCCAAACACGACGACGAUAAGUUAUUUGAAUGCGCGUUUUGCAAUAUGCGUUUUGCAAGCCAAAAUUCGCUUUAUCACCACAAAAGACGCAAACACCAAGAUUUGUUAGCAACGCCUGUUGCAGAUAGUGAAAUCAGUACUACGGUGGUGGAAAUGGAAAAUGAAACAGAAAACAAUGGAUUUGUUAAUUGCACAUUUUGUCAUAAGGACAUACCAACAAGUGAAAUUAAGUAUCACGACAGACGGCACAAGUAUGCGUUGAAUAAAAAAAGAAAAUUUCUGUGUGCAUUCUGCCCGCGUGAAUAUAAUUCGGAAACGUCUGUUAAAUUGCAUGAGAAAAAGGUUCAUAUGUGCGAGAAACCCGAACCCAAGGAAUGUCCUAUAUGUCAGAAAAAAGUUGAUCCGAAAUAUUUGAAAAACCACAUCGAGAACGUGCACACGUCCGAGCGUAAAUUUAUCUGUGAUAUUUGCGGCGAUCCCUUCAAGAGUUACGUUUUACUGCAUAGUCAUAAACGUUUGCACUUGGAACGUAAUUUCGCAUGCACUGUGUGCGAAAAAAAGUUUAUACGCUCAUCUGAUUUGAAAGUCCAUAUGCGCAUACACACAGGCGAAGAGCCAUACGCUUGUCAUUUGUGUGAUCGUAGGUUUAAAAUCAAAGUGCGCCUUAAUUAUCACCUGCAGCGUCAUGCUGGCAUAAAGCGGAAAUGCCAGGAGUGCGGAAAAGAAUUCAAUCAUGUUAAACAGUUGAAAAUCCAUUCAUAUAAACACACUGGCAUGCCAUAUAGAUGUUCCGUUUGUGAAUACGGCUGUGCGCAGCGUGAUGUUUUUCGAAAGCAUUUAUUGCGUAUGCACGAUAUGACUAUGACUGAUGAGGAGUAUUGUGCAAUGUUCAAAGCGAAUACUGGCCGAAAUCCGCAUGUGAAAACUCUGGAAGAAUUGCAGUCGGAGGCGCAAAAUAUAGAGCAAGAGCAGUCAAACUAAAACAUUUGUACAACAAACAAAAAAUAUUAUUUAUAUUUUUAAAUAUAUUGAUCAACUUAAAGUUGUACAAAAUAAU